GCAACCACCUCACUCGAGAGCUGAUCGUGCCGUCAGCUAGAAAUCCUCCGCGAAUAUAACAACAUUUAAUACGCACGCGCGAGUUUAACGAGAUUCUCGUUUUUGAGAGAAAGAGAGAGAGAGAGAGAGAGAGACACUUUUUUUCUGUCCACUUUUAACAAUUCUUAUCUCUUUACUCUUAUCUUCUCAUUCAUUAAAAUUGAGUAACGAGAGAGAAAAAGAGAGAGAGAGAGAGAGAGAGAGAGAGAGACAGACAGAGAAAGUGAGUAAAGAGAAAGAGAGAAAUGGAAAUAUAAUAAUCGUCAUUAAGUGAGAACAUAAUUAAAUAUAAUGAUUUGAUCGAGAGAAGAGAUAAUAUCGAUUGUGACGGUACAAAAGGAGGAAAUAUACGCAUACAAGAAACUUGGCCGAAGAAGACGAAGAGGAAGAGAAGAUUUGAAGUGACGUCGUUCUCCCUUCUUUUUUUUUUUUUGGUUCAUUCUUUAUUUCUCUCUCCAUUUAUUUCUUUUUUUUUUUUUUUUUGAGUGAUAUCGCGAAAGACAUUGUACAUGACUUUUCUCGUUGAUACUUCGGAUUCGUUUAUUUCUUUCUUUCUUUAUUUAUUUAUUUAUUAUUUUUUUUUGUUUUUUUUUCUUAUCUCUUACGAUGACAACGAGAAAACGAUAUAGCGUAAGAGAUAGAUCGAUGUUACUCGAACGUUAGAAAAGAAGAAGAAAAAGAAGAAGAAGAAGAAGAAGAAGAAGAAGAAGAAGAAGAAGAAGAAGAAGAAGAAAAAGAAAAGUGUGGACCGGACGAUGACCGUUAUCUGUGUGUGAGAUAACUUAAUAUAAACAAUUUUCUUGUUCGUUCGUUCGUUCGUACGUUCGUUCGUUCGUACGUUCGUUCGUACGUACGUUCGUUCGUUCGUUCGUUCGUUCGUUCGUUCGUUCGUUCGUUCGUUUAUUUGUUCGUUCGUUCGUUUGUUUGUUUAUUUGUUGAUUGGAAUAUUUUACGUGUUCGCGAUUAAAAUUAUUCAUCGAGUAAUGAUGAACGACAUAAUGGGUGAUAAUACCGUUAAUACGAACAAUUCCAAUAACUCUAAUAAUAAUAAUAAUAAUAAUAAUAAUAAUAAUAAUAAUAAUAAUAAUAAUAAUCAUUCUAACAAUGGGAGUAUCCAUAAUAAUAAUAAUAAUAAUAAUAAUAAUAGUAAUAAUAAUAAUAAUAAUAAUAAUAAUAAUAAUAAUAAUAACGGGAAGACAUCUAUGGGAGCUAUGGGGCCCAAUGGUGGUGAAGGAAUCAGUGCUGCCGUCGCUAAAGUUCUUCAGGGAUAUGAUUGGACAUUAGUACCGGUUGCUACCAAGGGCUCCGGCGACAAAAGGGCGGCACACGUGAAGAGACCAAUGAAUGCUUUUAUGGUGUGGGCACAGGCUGCCAGGCGGAGAUUGGCCGAUCAACAUCCACAACUUCAUAAUGCCGAACUGUCGAAAACAUUGGGAAAAUUAUGGCGGCGACUUUCCGAUAACGAUAAAAAGCCAUUUAUCGAAGAAGCCGAUCGCCUUCGCGUGAUACACAAACGUGAACAUCCGGAUUACAAAUAUCAGCCAAGACGGCGAAAACCAAAUGGACCGUCGGGUCGUGACAGUUCACCGUCAAGAAGUCAAAGUAAUUUGAUAUUUAGCGUGUCAAAGUCCUUAAAACAAGAGGACAUGAGCCCUAGAGGUGUACAAGGACCAAAUUCACCUCAGAGCGGUGCAAAUUCUUCUUCGCCAUCGACGACCCCCAAUCAAGGAUUGUCAUUACCAACACCACCUACAACGCCUAGGGGUCAACAUUAUGUCAAUCAGGGUAAUCAACAUCAACAAAACAAUACGUUUUAUCAUCAAGAAUUGGUGAACAGUACGACGUCGGUCGAAUCACCACAAUCAUCAGGGGUUGAUUUUCGAUAUAUCGAAGUUGGAGAUGGUUUACCAGUUGAGGAGAGUCAAUUGAAUGGCCUUGGGACAUUUGGAUUGAAUCUACCAUUGAGUUUACAAGAGUGCGAGGUCGAAAGCAACGAGUUGGACCAAUAUCUACCACCUCAGGUUGCACCUGUGCAAUAUCCACCUGUACCAACUACUACAACGAAUCAAUGGAUAUUGAAUAGAUACGAGGAAGAAACCGAGAGGCCUAGCAAACGUCAUUGUACCGAACAUCCAAUCAAUGAAAUUACUUGGGAAGAUAGAACCCAAGAGAUGGUUAGGUAUCACGAAUUGCAGCCGCCAUUGCCACCGGUUGGUCACAUAGCGCCAUUACACAAUCCACCACAUCAUUCGAUGCAAAUGGGCCAUACACACGUAUCAUCCGCACCUUAUGCCCAAUAUCAUCGAUACGGCGUCGAGGCCUGGCCCAAUUAUUUAUAAAUUUAUAGACACUUUUCUUUCUUUUUAUAUCUUUCCUUUCCCUCCCCUCUUUUCUUUCUCUCUCUCUCUCUCUCUCUCUCUCUCUCUCUCUAUCUCUAUCUCUCUUCUUUU